AAUAUGCAGCCUGCAGAGAGCCCGACGAGGGAGGUUUCGUGGAAUCGAGGAUUAUACCUCGAAGAUCGUACCUCGCUACCGCAGCAAUUUAAAGAACACUUCAGGAUGAAUCGCAGCACGUUUGAAGUCCUUUUGAAGAUCCCACAACAGCAAAUGGUCACGCAGACGACUCCACGCAUUCCAGUUGCAACAAACGUCCUCGUGACACUGUGGCUGCUUGGAAAUCAAGAACCCUACAGAAACAAUGGUCACUUGUCUGAAGAACAAGUUACCUAUAAUGAGACUCUGAGUGCGGCAAGAUCCGUCAUUGAGCGAGCCUUCGCUCAGUUGAAAGGAAAAUCCAGAAGGCUAAAAUAUCUCGAUAUGAAAGCUACAGAGAUGAUGAGCAAGUAUGUCUUGGUAUCCUGCGUUCUCCACAACAUUAUUCUGCAGUCUAAGGAGCCGUUCGUCGUAGAAAUUCAGAGACGACGACGAUUCAUCUGGUGAUGAUGACCAGACACACACUGCAGACAGCAGGGCAUUGGAAAAGCAGAAUGCAAUAGCGAACUUUCUAUACAUGCAGUAGCUUCCUGUAGGGCUUGAUGCUAUCGGUGUCCCCGUGAGAAACUCACUUUCAGA